AUGGCGCCUCCGGAGAGCAGAUCAGCCAGAGGCAGACGCCCAGCCCGCAGCCCGCUCAGGGCGCACUCGCUGUCAAGCCUGGCUGGACGGAAGAACGGGGGGCGUAGGACACCCAGGGGCCCCUCCCAGCACGUCCCUCAGACGGAAAGGGCCCAGGCGGCCCGAGACCACGAGGAGUGUCUGAGUGCUCGGUGGCUCAGUCAGUCCUGA